AUGGCUGAUAAAUAUGGCCGUCGUCCUAUAAUAGGUAUUUGUCUAUUGCUAACGGCAUGUUCUGGAUUUAUUUGUACAUUCUUUCCACAAAAAGCUAAAUUUGGUUUCUGGCCAAGUUAUGCAGCUUAUACAUUAGGUCGCUUUAUAUUAGCUUGUACAACCAGAGGCAUUGGCAUUACUGGAUUUGUACUAGUCACUGAACUAGUUGGUCCAAGAAAAAAAUUUCUAGCAGCAAUUAUUAUUCAUUAUUGCUUUCCACUCGGUCAAUUAGUUUUGGUUGUUUUUGCUUAUUUUAUUCGUGAAUGGAGACGUUUAACAUUGGCUCUAACUAUAUUUACAAUCCCGUUCAUAUUUUUGCAUUUUCUUGUGCCAGAAUCAGCAAGAUGGAUGAUUAGUAAAGGACAAUAUGAACAAGCAGAAAAACUACUUCGAAAAAUUGCAAAAACAAAUAAAAGACCAUUUGAUGAGGAAGCAUUUCAAAGAAUGAUAGUUGAUCAAGAAAAAGUAAUGCAUGAAUGUCCUAUAUAA